AUGAGAAAAUCACUUUGGUUUCUUGUGAUUCUUCUAGCUGUAUUCACAGCUUGCUCUGCGUAUAGUGAACUUGAAGUACUAUUGAAGCUCAAAUCCUCAAUGACAGGACCUAAGGGUUCUGGACUCGAGGAUUGGGAGGUCCCAUCACGACCGUCUCCCUCUGCUCACUGUAAUUUCUCUGGAGUUACUUGCGAUGAGGAUUUGUGGGUGGUGUCUCUGAAUGUGUCGUUUCAAAAUCUUUCCGGUUCAGUUCCUCCUGAGAUUGGAUUCUUGCUCAAAUUGGUGAACCUCACCAUCGUAGGGGAUAAUCUCACUGGGAUACUCCCUGUGGAGAUGGCCAACCUUACAUCUCUCAAGAUUCUAAACGUCUCCAACAAUGCGUUCAAUGGCAGUUUUCCUGGAGAGAUCACUCUUGGCAUGACCCAGCUAGAGAUUCUUGAUAUCUACGACAAUAACUUCUCCGGCUUGCUACCAAUCGAGCUUGUCUACCUGAAGAAUCUCAAGCACCUUCAUCUUGGAGGGAACUUCUUUUCUGGCAAUAUACCGGAGUCGUACUCGAAGAUUCAAAGCUUGGAGUUUUUAGGCUUGAAUGGUAAUUCACUCUCUGGCAAGAUCCCAGCAAGUUUGGCUCGCUUGAACAACCUCAAACAAAUUUCCCUUGGUUACUUCAACGCUUAUGAAGGAGGUAUUCCACCUGAGUUUGGUUCUUUGAGUUCACUUGAAUAUCUUGAUGUAGCAUCUUGCAGACUCUCUGGUGAGCUUCCUUCAAGUUUAGGCCAGUUAAAAAAUCUCCAAAAAUUGUUUCUACAAUAUAACAAUCUAAGUGGUCCAAUUCCACCUCAACUCUCCAGUCUGUUACGUUUGAAGGUUCUGGAUCUCUCAGUCAACAACCUCACAGGAGAGAUUCCUGAAAGCUUCUCCGAGAUAAAGAGUUUCACGCUAAUAAAUCUAUUCCUGAACCAUCUAGUUGGUCCAAUACCCAAGUUCAUUGGUGAUCUGCCAAAUCUGGAGGUGCUGCAGAUAUGGGGAAACAACUUCACAUCCCAACUACCUGAAACUCUUGGCCAGAACGGGAAGCUUGUGGUUCUAGAUGUUUGUUACAAUCAUUUAACGGGACCAAUUCCUCGUGAUUUAUGCAAAGGGGGAAAGCUGAAGUCUUUGAUUCUUAUGAGUAAUUCCUUCUCUGGGCAGCUUCCUGAGGAACUAGGAGAGUGCAAGUCCUUGAACAAACUCAGAAUCAUGAGUAACCGCUUCAAUGGAACCAUCCCCGCUGGAAUCUUCAUUAUGCCCCAGUUGAGCAUCAUGGAGUUGCACGAUAACCAUUUCUCCGGCGAACUUCCAUCCGAGAUUUCCAGCGAUGCACUGGAGACACUAAAAGUUUCGAGAAAUGAGAUUUCAGGAAACAUUCCACCGGCCAUCAGUAACUUGGGAAACUUGCAAACUCUAUCGCUUGAACAUAACAAAUUUUAUGGUGAGAUACCAAGAGAAAUUUUCCAUCUCAAGCACCUUUCAAAACUCAAUAUUAGUUCAAACAAUAUCAGUGGUGAAAUCCCAUCUUCCAUUUCUGAAUGCAAUUCUUUAACAUCCAUUGAUCUCAGCGCAAACAGCCUCAGUGGUGAGAUUCCAAGUGGGAUUGCCAAACUAAUAAAUCUCGGGGACUUGGAUAUUUCUCAAAAUCACCUCAGUGGUCAAAUACCAAGUGAAAUUGGAUCUAUGUCAAGCCUUGUAGCUCUUAAUAUCUCCUAUAAUAAUUUGUCAGGUAGUGUUCCAGCUAGUGGGCAGUUCCUGGCUUUCAACAAUACAUCAUUUGUUGGAAAUCCUAACCUCUGCGAUUCAAGAAUUGUCUCUUGUCCCUCUCAGCUACUAUAUUCAGCUCAGGUCUCAAAUCAAGGGUGCAUGGCCUGGUUUUAUAGUUGGAAGCUCAUGUUCAUCAGCCUGGCACUUCAUUCUUAUCUAUGA